AUGGCAGCUCUCACAACGCCGCCCAAGCUGGUCGGCGGGGAUGACCGGCGAGACGCACCGCUAGCACGUGAAAGAAACACCAUCCUCUUCGAACUUGUGCCCGAGGAUGAGUUUGACGCGCUAUGCGUCGAGGUCAAGAAGGGUAACGAGGGCCCGAACAGUCGGAGUAGCGGUAACAAGUAUCCCGCAAAACUCCAUGCUCGCAAGGUCGCCGCCGAGCUCGGUGCCACUGACGGCCUCAUCUAUCUUCCCGGUGAACCCACUCGGCUCUACGAGGACUCGGAUCAGUCGCCUCCUUUCAAACAACGCAGAUACUUCUAUUAUCUGAGCGGUGUCGACUUUCCCGACUGCUCCGUCACUUACGAGAUAGCACAUGAUCGCCUCACGCUCUGGAUCCCCUACGUUGAGCCGCGACAGGUGCUAUGGUACGGUGCCACUCCCGACGCCGCAGAGGCGAUGCGCCGCUUCGAUGUGGAUGAUGUCCGAUACACGGCUCAGCUAUCCAAGUUUCUCCAUGGCCACCUCCGACCGGCCACGACUCUCUACGUCCUCCACCCGGACCAGGCUCCUAAGCUGGCUGACCGUCCUCGUGGCCAGACGCAGAUUAACUGCUCCAAGCUGCGACCUGCCAUGGACCAAGCUCGAGUGAUCAAGACAGACUAUGAGGUUGCGCUUAUUCGCCGUGCUGCGCGCAUCUCGGCGGCUGCUCAUCGUGCUGUGGCCGAACGCAUCCUCAGUAUGCGGAACGAGCAGGAUGUCGAAGCUGUUCUCCUCUCAGCCUGCACCUCCCGUGGUGCUCAUGCCCAGGCAUACCCCAUCAUUGCCGGGGCCGGUCCCAACGCCUCUACUUUGCAUUACGAGGCCAACAACCAGUCUCUAGAAGGCAAGCAGGUCAUUGUUGUCGAUGCUGGUUGCGAGUGGCAAUGCUACGCCAGCGAUAUCACUCGGACACUUCCCCUCACCGGUAGCUUCACCAAAGAGGGCGCCGCUAUCCAUGCUAUCGUCCAGCGUAUGCAAGAUGAGUGUAUAGCGCGGAUCCGCCCUGGCUGCAUCUUCUAUGAGCUCCAUCUGCACGCCAGCGACGUGGCCAUUCAGGGGCUUCGCAAGUUGGGCAUCCUACGAGGCAACUUUGACGAGAUCCAAAAGGCUGGCACCGUCGCUGCUUUCUUCCCUCACGGCCUGGGCCAUCACGUUGGCUUGGAGGUUCACGACGUUACCGGCGCCGAACGUCUCUUGAUGAGAGACAACUUCCACAUUGAGGGUGGAAAGCGUGAGAUGGUUACGGCCACGGCCCUGGUCGCUCUGCAGCGAAUGGUAGCUGCGCCGCCACCUUAUAAGGGACGACAGGCUCUUCGACCCAACAUGAUUGUCACGGUUGAGCCUGGAAUUUACUUCUGCCGACCUUUCAUUGAGGGAUACUUCCUCAAUAACUCGGCACACGCCAAGUUUAUCGAUCGCAAUAUCCUCGAGGCCUACUAUCCCGUUGGAGGCGUUCGUAUUGAGGACGAUAUACUUGUCACAUCUGAUGGACAUGAGAACCUCUCUGCAGGUGCGCCCAAGGGCGAUGAACUGCUGGAUGUGAUAAACGGCAGCUUUGAGAAGAUUUGA